UCGAGGAGAGGAGAGCAGAGCAGAGGAGAGGGGGGAGCAGCGCUCAGCUCGCAGGAGGACAGGCUUCUCUUUUCCGUGCUCAGUUAAUCUGGCUGUCAGUUGGUGUUAACGCUGCAGUUUAAGCGCUCGGAUUCCAAGGGAAACAGACAAACCUCGCAGAAGGCAGGCAGGAAGCAAGCGAGGAAGGAAGGAACGGCAGGAGGAAAAGAACAGGCAGAAGAAGAGAGAGGAAUAAAGGGAAGGGGGGAAACACCAAAUCUAUGAUUGGACCUGGGCUUCUUUUUCGCCAAUGCAAAAAGGAAUAUGCAGCACAUUUUUGCCUUCUUCUGCACCGGUUUCCUAGGCGCGGUAGUAGGUGCCAAUUUCCCCAACAAUAUCCAGAUCGGGGGAUUAUUUCCAAACCAGCAGUCACAGGAACAUGCCGCUUUUAGAUUUGCUUUGUCGCAACUCACAGAGCCCCCAAAGCUGCUCCCCCAGAUUGAUAUUGUGAACAUCAGUGACAGCUUUGAGAUGACCUAUAGAUUCUGUUCCCAGUUCUCUAAAGGAGUCUAUGCCAUCUUUGGGUUUUAUGAACGGAGGACUGUCAACAUGCUGACCUCCUUCUGCGGGGCCCUCCACGUCUGCUUCAUUACACCGAGCUUUCCUGUUGACACAUCCAACCAGUUUGUCCUUCAGCUGCGUCCCGAGCUGCAGGAUGCCCUCAUCAGUAUCAUCGACCAUUACAAGUGGCAAAAAUUUGUCUACAUUUAUGAUGCUGACCGGGGUCUGUCCGUCCUGCAGAAAGUCCUAGACACAGCGGCCGAGAAGAACUGGCAGGUGACAGCCGUCAACAUUUUGACAACCACAGAGGAGGGAUACCGGAUGCUCUUCCAGGACCUGGAGAAGAAAAAGGAGCGGCUGGUGGUGGUGGAUUGUGAAUCCGAGCGCCUCAGUGCUAUCCUGGGCCAGAUUGUAAAGCUGGAGAAGAACGGCAUUGGCUACCACUAUAUCCUUGCAAAUCUGGGUUUCAUGGACAUUGACUUGAACAAAUUCAAGGAGAGUGGAGCAAACGUAACAGGUUUCCAGUUGGUGAACUACACAGACACCAUCCCGGCCAAGAUCAUGCAGCAGUGGAAAAACAGUGAUGCUCGGGACCACACCCGGGUGGACUGGAAAAGACCUAAGUACACCUCUGCGCUCACCUACGAUGGGGUGAAGGUGAUGGCUGAGGCUUUCCAGAGCCUGCGGAGGCAGAGAAUCGAUAUCUCUCGCCGGGGGAAUGCUGGGGACUGCCUGGCUAACCCAGCUGUGCCCUGGGGCCAGGGCAUCGACAUCCAGAGAGCUCUGCAGCAGGUGCGGUUUGAAGGCUUGACAGGAAAUGUGCAAUUUAAUGAGAAAGGACGCCGGACCAACUACACCCUCCAUGUGAUCGAAAUGAAGCACGAUGGCAUCCGAAAGAUUGGUUACUGGAAUGAAGAUGAUAAGUUUGUCCCUGCAGCCACGGAUGCUCAAGCCGGGGGGGAUAACUCAAGUGUCCAGAAUAGAACGUACAUCGUCACUACAAUCCUAGAAGAUCCUUAUGUGAUGCUCAAGAAGAAUGCCAACCAGUUUGAAGGCAAUGACCGCUACGAGGGCUACUGUGUAGAGCUGGCGGCAGAGAUCGCCAAGCAUGUGGGCUACUCCUACCGUCUUGAGAUCGUCAGUGAUGGGAAAUAUGGAGCCCGCGACCCUGACACAAAGGCUUGGAAUGGCAUGGUGGGAGAGCUGGUCUAUGGAAGAGCAGAUGUGGCCGUGGCCCCUUUAACUAUCACCUUGGUCCGGGAAGAGGUGAUAGAUUUCUCCAAACCAUUUAUGAGUUUGGGGAUCUCCAUCAUGAUAAAAAAGCCACAGAAGUCCAAGCCAGGGGUCUUCUCCUUCCUGGAUCCUUUGGCUUAUGAGAUUUGGAUGUGUAUUGUUUUCGCCUACAUUGGAGUGAGUGUUGUCCUUUUCCUGGUCAGCCGCUUCAGCCCCUACGAAUGGCACAGUGAAGAGUUUGAGGAAGGGCGGGACCAGACAACCAGCGACCAGUCCAAUGAGUUUGGGAUAUUCAACAGCUUGUGGUUCUCCCUGGGAGCCUUCAUGCAGCAAGGAUGUGACAUUUCUCCCAGGUCCCUGUCCGGCCGCAUCGUUGGCGGCGUCUGGUGGUUCUUCACCUUGAUCAUCAUCUCCUCCUACACAGCCAACCUGGCCGCCUUCCUGACCGUGGAGAGGAUGGUAUCUCCCAUUGAGAGUGCUGAGGACCUAGCGAAGCAGACAGAAAUCGCUUACGGGACCCUAGAAGCGGGAUCCACGAAGGAGUUCUUCAGGAGGUCUAAAAUCGCCGUGUUUGAGAAGAUGUGGACGUACAUGAAGUCAGCAGAACCAUCCGUGUUUGUGCGGACCACGGAGGAGGGGAUGAUCCGAGUAAGGAAAUCCAAAGGCAAAUACGCCUACCUUCUAGAGUCCACCAUGAAUGAAUAUAUUGAGCAGCGGAAACCCUGUGACACCAUGAAAGUGGGAGGUAACUUGGAUUCCAAAGGCUAUGGCAUUGCGACGCCCAAGGGGUCCGCCCUAAGAAAUCCAGUAAACCUGGCAGUGUUAAAACUGAACGAGCAGGGGCUUUUGGACAAAUUGAAAAACAAAUGGUGGUACGACAAGGGCGAGUGCGGCAGCGGGGGAGGUGAUUCCAAGGACAAGACAAGCGCUCUGAGCCUCAGCAAUGUGGCCGGCGUGUUCUACAUCCUGAUCGGAGGACUUGGACUAGCCAUGCUGGUUGCCUUAAUCGAGUUCUGCUACAAAUCGCGUAGCGAAUCCAAGAGGAUGAAGGGUUUCUGUUUGAUCCCACAGCAAUCCAUCAAUGAAGCCAUAAGGACAUCGACACUCCCCCGAAACAGCGGGGCAGGAGCCAGCGGUGGCGGUAGUGGAGAGAACGGCCGGGUGGUCAGCCAUGACUUCCCCAAGUCCAUGCAAUCGAUCCCCUGCAUGAGCCACAGUUCAGGGAUGCCCUUGGGAGCCACCGGAUUGUAACUGGAGCAGACGGAGACCCCUUGGGGAGUGUGCCCAGGCUCCCCCAGUUCCAUCCCAAACCCUUCAGUGCCAAAAACAACAAAAUGAAAUGCCACCGCCACCAACCACCAUGACCACGAGGAGGAUGAGUCAACAGAUUUUCCUGAAGAAUUGAGAAACCAUUUUGCGGCCCCUUUUCCUUUUCUGAUGUUCUUUCACCCUUUUCCGUUUGCUAAGUGAGGAUGACACAUAACACUGUACUGCAAUAAGGGGAGAAUAACCCUGUUACAUAGAGCCUGUGUCUCUGAACACGGAGUCACUGGAGCACUAAUGAGGAAGCUGUCCUGUUUUCUUUGAAUUCGGUUAUUCAUGCGUCUUAGUGUGUGCACUAUAUAUUUUUUCUUAUUAAUAUCCAUGGUUUGCAGGUUCUGUUAGGCCCCUUCCUUUUCCUUCUUACUCCCAACUCCCGACCCAUCCCACUUUAGUUUAGUUUUUAGUUUUCAGAUUGGAGAGUCAAGAUUCGUUCCACCUGACAAGCAAGCAAAAGGAAAAAAGCAAUCUUCAAGCGAAUUCAUCAUGGGAGCUCUCCAGAUUCCCCUCCACACCUCGGCCCCAAGCCAUGGGUGGAGACCGAUGUUGUUGCAGGAGUGGGUUGCCUCCCACACACAGGGCACUGCCUAGGCGCUGAUUUAGCUGAGAACACGUGUGACGCAACUCAGACCCAGGGUGGCGGAGAAGGUAAAAGCAGGUGUGCAGUCAGAAGAGGACUCGUGAAGUUAUUGCCAGAGGCUCAAAUAAAGCUUCUUUGAAUGUGUAACAGCCGUCUCAUAGGCCUCAGGUGGAACAGUGUGCUUCUUCACAGAGUCAAGCUCAGCCAUGAGGACUGUGUCCUCCUGCUACGCUCAAGCCCCAAAGGCACUCUGGUGGCUGAAGGGCAACUGGCCUCCUGAACCACGUAGAGCCUUGAGAAGAGCUGGCAUCCAUGGAGAUAGCACCCCUGAUUCUCACCUGUCAUUUGCUCGACAUCUGAGCAGGAACCCCAUUGUAGAAUAGACUCUCUCUUCAGAGCGUCUGAUGUGGGGGGGAAAUGUUAUACAAGCUAAAUGCAAAAGAAAGCUGAUGGAAGAACUUUGGAAGAGGAAGAUUCGUCAAAGCCCACAAGCAAUAGAACCUUCCACGGUGUGCCCUGUCCUACGACUGAGAGACCAAGUAUGAAACUUAGGGUUUUGGUGACCUAGAAAACUUGAGUUUUUAUGUCCAUAUAAAAGUGUUGUUUUAGCAGGUAGCCAGAUAACCUUCUGUCAUCUUUAGAAAGUAAAAUGUCCAAGGCUGAAUGAUUUGAAGGAGGAUAGGGAGAUGGAAUAAGUUGAUAAUAACACUGGGGGACCUUAAGAUUCCUGACCCCAACUUCUCACCCAAGGAGGCCAACCUUCCCCCUGGCUAAGACAGAAUGAGGAUGUUGUAUUCCAAUGACCAGAAUCAACAGGCCCAUGUUUGUGACUACAACCUGAAUGAAAACAAGAUUGGAGAAGUGACAGAGUUUAUGGAGAGAAAUCCAGGCUGACUACAACUUUGGUUGGGGUCUUGGGGAGGUGGGUCCAGGCAGAUAGCUAUCUUGGAGAUCCCAACUCUCAUUCUUGGUGCAAUCGGCUUCCAGCUCUCCAGCAGCCACUCUCCUAGGUGCAUGAUUCAGUGCGUGCCAUGUGUCGUCAGCUCUCAUUGAUAACCAUAAUCUGGCUUGUUCCCUUACUCCCUACUUCUAUCCAGUCUCUCUGCUACGGGUUAUCAUUAGCAAUUGACAAACUAAAGGUUUUGGAGCCUACCUACAAGUGGGGGCAGCAUGACUGGCUUCAUCUGUGGAUUCUCUCUGUGGACACCCACCAUCUCUAUGUCUCUUUCAUCCUCCUUUCAUCAGCCAUAGCAAAGAGCCAUCAAACUCUUUGCCCUUUCAACUCAAGUGUUGUUGUUCAGUCUCUCACGUGUCAAUGUCGGCAUGGUACGUGAAGCAGGACCCUCAAGAUGGAUUGUCACUUUUUGCCACUGCCAGCUGGUGUCCUCCCCAUCCCUUGACCUCUCACCAGAUCUUUCCCAACCCUUAAGCUACCACUGCAGAAUCUGAUAUGAGCCACCAUUAGGGAGUCUGCAUUUCGGAGGAGUUAGAAAUAACCCUCUACCAUCAACUUGCUUCAAAGACCUUUUGCCUUUGGCCUGGUAAGAUGCCUCUUCAGCCAGUGAGCUCACCAGUAACAUGAUCUGAUAGGAAGAGACCACCGAUGCUAGAAAUGAGGGUCUAUGCUAUGUGGGGGUCCACGACUCCAGCAGAAGAUGUUUUUCAUCGAUGGAGGGGUGAUGGGGAAAACAAAAGUAAGAAAAAAGUUAACUUGUAUUAUGUAUUUUUACUACACUUUUCUUAAAAAUAGAGCAAUGGGAAAACUCUGAAAGAGACUGACAUUUUUCUCAACAGGAAUCCAUACUUAACAGUUCUGGCUUUCAUUAAAUUUUGCUCUUUGGUACCUGGGCCUUUUAUUUAACAUCUCUAUUUGUUUUAACUCUCUUGGCAGAUGUGUGAAAGGAUUUUUGCUUGAUCAAACACUAAAUAUUUUUCUUGGUUCCUGUUUUUCUUUCAAAUAACCAGGUUUUUUUUUUCUUUUGGUAUUUGCAUAAAAUGAAAAUAUCACCAAGAAUUAAAUCACUGUGGAUCCAUUAUCUACUUUUCAUAUUUGUCCAUUCCAUUUUUGUGCCAUUUCUGAAGCCAGAGCU